CGAUCCAUGAUUGGUGCGGGGGGGCUACGAGGAGGGACCGAUCGCCUUAUAAACGCGACUGCCCACUCGACGAUCCAUCCAAACCUGCUGUAAGCUGCCAGCAUCGACGCUUGCACACGCAAUCAAGACUCCAUCAUCUCAUCGUCGGGGGUACACUUGUGCUAUGGAGUCGUACGAACUCACCUACGGCAUUCUUCGUUCUGGCGUGAGCCUGGAUUUGGACGACACGUUUACUUCCUACUCCACUUGGCUUAAUGAUGAUCUUGAAGACUCUCUCUCAAUCGUUCCUCUCUUUCACCCCUCCCGCCUCCCCCUCCCCGAGGCAGAAUCAGCGAUCACCGACUCCAUUGCAUCACACGAAUACGCUGAGCACGUUCCUUCCGAGAUGACAAGAUCAGAUCAUGGUGAUCAGCUUCAAGAUGCAGCAAGGUCAUCAAGACAGGACGUGCCGGAUGGCAACAUACGUGAAUCAAAGACCGGCAUCGUGCGAAUUCACUCCCGGCAGGUGGAUCUCCAGUCCAGCAAGCCCGUCGAGAUCACCCUCGAGCGCCUCGCUGAACACUUCCACGAGAGCCUCGAGGUUGCGGCAGCCAAGAUCGGCAUCGGCAAAUCGACGAUGAAGCUGGUGUGCAGGCGGCUGGGAGUGCAGAAGUGGCCGUACAAACAAAGUAGAGUCAAGAGGGUCGGAGUUGUUUAAUGCUAUUUAGAGCAUGCUUGCAUCAUUUUUCUACUCUUGAUUAUGUAAAUCUUAGCGAUACA